AUGGCGGAUUUGGUCGACCAACAUGAUCAAGGCUCGCCUUCGACCAUCGAUGAGCACAACCCUAGUAAUGGAAACCAAGCUGCGGGUAGUGAUGGUCGUGGUAUGAAGCGUCAGCGACCGUCAACUAUCGACGACGAUGACGAUGAUGAUGACAAACCAGGUCGCGAGCGCCGAAAAAUCGAGAUCAAGUUCAUCACGGAUAAGUCACGUCGUCACAUAACCUUUUCCAAGCGCAAAGCUGGAAUAAUGAAAAAAGCUUAUGAACUUUCCGUCUUAACCGGGACUCAAGUGCUACUCUUAGUAGUCUCCGAAACUGGACUUGUCUACACCUUCACCACACCAAAGCUACAACCGCUUGUCACCAAGGCUGAAGGAAAAAAUUUAAUUCAGGCGUGCUUGAAUGCUCCCGAGCCUGCCGGAUCUGGUGAAGCAGGUGUAGAUGAUCAGAAUGCUGUAAAUUCCCCUGAAGAACCUACUUCACAACAUCUACCACAACAAAAUCGUCCCGCUAUGACACAGCAAGGCACCAACUUACAUGGCUACUUAGCCCCAACUCUUGAACAACAGCAACAGGCACUCGCAUACCAGAAUUAUAUGUCACAGCAACAAAGAAGCGGAUACCCAAUGCCGCAACCUGGGAUACCUCAACAGCACUCCCAUCAAGCAUAA